GUCACUGUGUCACUUGAAUAUCUUUCCAUUUUCGUUUUAUUUCUUUAUCUGAUUCGUUUUCUUAUCCUGUGACUAUUAAUCCGGUUUGGGUGGUUACUUUCUUUUUAUUACAAUUCAAUACCGUCUUUCUAAUACGCGUAGGUAUUCACAACUCGGACAUAUUAUUAUCACUACUUGAAAGUUCAGGAAGGGCAUCCAUUUAAAUAUUUACAAGGUUACACAGAAACAUAACCACUAUGUCAAUGGAUAUAACAGUAGUAAAAGAGGAGCCCGGGGAAGAUAGUGACAGCAAGGAAGCCAUACAGGCCGAUUUGUAUGAAGAUCAUGUUAUCAAGAGGGAGGUUGUUGUGGGCCCGGAGGUUUUUCAACGGCCUGAUGUGUCAUUUGCACGAAAAACUAAAGAAAAUGUCAAAAAAUGUGAAGAGAACAUCAAAAAGGAAUGGCACAUGCACACCAAAGUCAAGGUGGAAAAAAAGGAAGAAAUUACAGAGAAUUACAGUCAAGGUAACUCGAUGACCUUUGAUGAUGAUUUAAAAUCUAAAUUAAAAGAAUCUGAGAGUAAUGAUAAAAGUCCCAUUAAAACUAAUGUAGUAAAACCUAAAAAUAAAACCUUGUCAGAAGAGGAAAAACAUUUUACAUGCAAAAAGUGUAAAUCGAUGUUUUCUAGCAAAUUGCUUCUUCUGAAGCAUAGGAAGUCCAAACAUGGUUAUGCAUAUUACAAAUGUAAGAAAUGUAAAUAUGCUGCUGGUCGAAAAGCACAUUUUGAAAAUCAUUUGCGUACACAUACUAGAGAAAAACCAUUUAAAUGCCACUGGUGUGAAUAUAAGUGUAGUCGGAAAGACGCUUUGAUGGUACAUGAAAAGAUACACAAUGAAGACAGGGAGAAACGUUAUCAAUGCGAACAAUGCAGUUACAAAUCUGACAGUAAAGGAACCAUAGUUCGCCACGAAAUGGUACACAGUGGGGAAAAACCAUACAAGUGUCGCCACUGUUCAUAUGCCUGUAGAGGCAAGGUUGACUUGCGAAGACAUGAAGGGACACAUAGACCUGAGAAUUCAUUCAAAUGUGGAAUAUGCGAUUAUUCAUGUACGCGAAAAAGUGACUUAGGUCGACACAAAAGAUCUCAUGCACCGAGACCAUUCAAUUGUACAGAGUGCACUUUUAAAUGUAGUCGAAAAAAAGUAUGGCUGCGCCAUCAACAAAUGCAUAUCGAAAAUACUUUUCAAUGCAACGACUGCAACUUCAUAUGCAGAAUGAAAAGCCGGUUUCUCUUGCAUUUAAUAGAACACCGUAGUGAAAAACCAUAUAAAUGCAAUCAGUGUCAAAAUGAAUACAAAUUAAGAAGCAGCUUAAGAACACAUAAAAUGACGCAUACUGGUGAAAAGCCUUUCAAAUGUAACCAGUGUAGCUACAGGUGCAGCCUUCAUCACAAUUUACUGAAACACAAAAUGAGACACGAUGGCCCGAAACCAUACACUUGCAAUGAAUGCGGUUUCAAAUGCCGCUUACGAGGUGGUCUAAUACGUCACCUAAUGAUUCAUACGGGCGAAAGACCGUUUAAGUGUAAGUCCUGUGAUUACAGGUGUAGGGAUAUCCAAUCUUUACGGAUACACGAGAGAAUACACAGUAAUGAGAAACCAUACAAAUGCGAUAUAUGCGAGUAUUCUUGUCGUUGUCGAAGUAAUUUGACUAAACAUGUAAAGACAUGGCACUAGAAGUCAGUACCAGGGGCGGGAAACUCUUCCAUUCGGACAUUCUCGGCUCCGUUCGGCUCAGCAUUGCUCCGAGCAAUUAUUAGGGUUGGCACAACUUGACGUCCCUUUACGUGUAUGACCACAGAUAAGAUAAUUACUUGAAUUUUGGCAACCCUAAAUAGCCGAAAGGGAUAGUAGUAGUAGUCGUAAAAUACUUUAUUGUACAAAAAGAAACAUAAAACAUGAAAGAACACACAUCAUAGUACCUUACAUAAGAAAGGGACAGUAUGAUUCGUCGUCGAGUAGAUAAGGUACACUAUAGUACACUAAUUAUUGGCCAAUGACCGUAACAUUUCGCUUGGUGCUUCAACAGACUUAAUUGUUUCAAAUUAUAUACUUGAACUUAUGUAAAUAAUAUUUUGAUAUUCAUGAAAACGUACUUGUUAGCAAUGAAUAAAGGUUAUUAAUACAUGGUGCCCAAGAGAAAACCGAGAGAUUUUAUCCACACAUUUCUGAGACCUCUUAGAGAACGAAAAAAUCUUAUGUGAUUUUAGCUCAAUUUCGUUACAAAAAAAUGUUUUUUUUUUUCCUUUUUUGUAUGUAUUUGUACAUGAAAUGUAAAUGCUAUUUGUAAAACAGUCACUAAAAAUAAUUUUAUCUUUUUUUUUUGAGAAACCUAGUUAUUGCAAAUAAGCGCUACUUGUCACUUAUCAUCAUGUCAUCUAUCAGUAAGGAUAUUUGUACUAGAUCCCAGUGGCAACAUCGCCAUCAAAAAGGCCACUAAGAAACAAUAAAAAGAUGUUUUUUAUAACUGGUUUAACUAGGCUAGGAUUUUCAUUUUGUCUUCAAAUAUGAUCAGGAAUAUACUGUUAAAAUCUCUUGGGUUCCCCAUGGGCACGUUGUGUAUUGUUUUUAAA